CAAUCAAUCACGUAUACCUUAAAGCGGCCAAGACGAAUCAUAUUCCUUACUUUUCUCUCCUCCUAAAAAACACCUGCUCUGCAACCCCCCUAAUCUUUCUCCCAAAUCUUUCUUCCUCAACAAACUCCCUUAUCCCUCUGUUUUUGCUGCAUUACUCAUAUCCGUUCUCUGUUCCAUUUCUCUUCUUCUUCUUCUUCUUUCUUCUUUCUUCUUCAUGUUUUUUGUAUCUACCUCUUUUCCUCCAUAAUCAUGGAGUUUCGACCCUAUUUCCUUUUACAUUCCACAAUCCCCUCUUCACUUGCUAAUUUCAUAAAAGCUCCGAUAUCCAUUUAAGAGAAACACCACCACCACCCACAGCCAUGGAAUUUCGAGAAGCGGUCAUGAAGCUAAUGGUUCACAAACCACCGCCUGAGCAAACCAUCUUCCAGAGAGACAAAAAUACUGCCGCAGUUUCUCCCGCCAAGCAUAAAUGGAAGAUCUCCUUGAACAGACCAUCUUCAUCGGUUUCCUCGAAAACCACACCAGUACAACAUACACAGCAGCACCCACCGCAGCAGGGGCAGACCCCUAAAGAGUUUCUUUGUCCUGUUUUUGGGUCUUUAAUGGCUGAUCCAGUUAUUGUCUCUUCAGGCCAUACUUUCGAGCGAGCCUGCGUUCAAGCCUGCAAAACCCUGGGCUUCUCCCCUACAACUGCGGACGCUAUCCCACCUGAUUUCUCCAACGUCAUUCCUAAUCUCGCUCUUAAAUCUGCCAUUCUUAACUGGUGCAGUAAUCGUUCUCUUGAACCCCCUAAACCCCUUGAUUCUUCCUCGGCGGAGAAGCUUGUCCGUACAUUAAUUGACUCACAGAAGCCGAAACCUGAUACGCAUCGGAAGAAGAAAGACCUUAAAGUAUCCGCUUCAGAGAAAGAGCUCAUUCAAGGAAUUGCAACUAAUCCUUCGGUGAGAGAUAACCACGCUUCAACAGAAGUGACUCGGCGCCCGACUCACUUCUACUCGAGUUCUGACGAGUCGGUCAAGUCGACCCUGCCUCUGCAACUUGCGACUCGACCGAGUUGCUAUUCGUCUUCAUCUUCAUCAGAGAUGGAAAUCCUAAAUCCUAAUUCCAAAGAAGAAGAAGAAGAAGAAGAAGAAGAAGAAGAUUUUGUUACGAAACUUAAGAGUCCACAAGUGUGUGAGAUUGAAGAUGCAUUGACUUCACUGAGAAAGAUGACCAGGACACGAGAGGAAAGCAGAGCCCGUCUCUGCACUCCUCAGUUAUUAUCAGCCCUACGAUCUCUGAUCAUCUCGAGGUACACCGUAAUUGAGGUGAACUCGGUCGCAUUAUUAGUAAACUUAUCUCUAGAAAAAUCCAACAAGGUGAAGAUCGUACGGUCAGGAAUAGUCCCACCGUUGAUCAACGUGUUGAAGGGAGGAUCCCCUGAGGCGCAAGAACACGCUUCCGGUGCUCUCUUCAGCUUAGCCCUCGAUGACGAAAACAAGACCGCAAUUGGCGUACUAGGUGCAUUGCAACCUCUUCUUCACUUACUACGAUCCGAGAGCAAGCGGACUCGGCAAGACUCCGCCUUGGCUCUUUACCAUCUCUCUUUAGUUCAAAGCAACAGAAGUAAAUUGGUGAAACUGGGUAGUGUACCGGUCCUGAUAAACAUGUUGAGGUCGGGUCAUAUGCGGGGUCGGGUUCUGUUGAUACUCUGCAACUUGGCUUCGUGUUGGGAAGGGCGAACGGCUGUGUUAGACUCGGGUGGAGUGGAGUGCCUGAUGAGGAUCCUAAGAGGGGAGAAUUUGGAGGAGUCGGCUCGGGAAAGUUGUGUAGCGGUGCUGUACGGGUUGAGCCAUGUGGGGUUGAGGUUUAAGGGUUUGGCCAUGGCGGCCGGAGGGGCAGAGGUAUUGCGGAAGGUGGAGAGGACAGGGAGCGAGCGGGGGAGAGAGAAGGCGAGGAAGAUGUUAGAGAUGAUGAGAAGGAGAAAGGAGAUGGAGGAGACGGUGGAAGAAGUGGACUGGGAGGAAUUGCUUGACUCGGGAUUGAUGAGUCGGAGUCGGGUCAGACCGGAAGGGUCAAGUGUGAACUCAUCGGAGUUUUGAACCGAGUAAUAUUGGAUAUUUUUUCUUCUCAUUUUAAUUCUUUUUUUUUUAUAUAUAUAUAAAAAAAAAAGUAUUUUAUUUGGA